AUGGUUCAGUCAUUCGGAAUACAUCCACGAAAUAGUCCUAUGUAUGUUCGUCCUAUGAUUCCUUUCCAAACUCAAUCAACAAGUCCAUCCAACGUAGGGAAGUUACCGCGUUUCGAGAUAUCGUACUCGUCGACGAUUUUGCUUUUAUGGCUUCUGCUUCUGGCGUACGUCUCCUGGUGCUCGGAUUACACCUUCGAGGCGUUUACCAUUAUAUUGUUUUCCUCUAUUGCACUAACUUCGGAGCAUGGUGAAAGUCGUCUUUUGAUGCCCCUCGUGUUUCUCUCGGAGUGCUGCUUAGGUCACACCAUGAAUAUUAGACACUCUUCGUUACAUUUUUACGCCUCUACGCUGCUUUCUUAUUUAUCUCUCGCGGCGUGUGGCGGGCUUCGUCGAGUAAAUUUUCUUUCUGAUCGAUCCAUAUUCUUAAAAACUGGGAUGUUUACCCUUGUAGGCCUCGCCGCUUUGUACUUCAUUGUGAGCGAUAAGGCGAUUUCCCUAGGUAUAGCGGUCUACGUAGCGGCGGGCUAUGCCUUUUUCCUUCGUCUUUGCCCUCACUUGGGUGAAAACGAAGCGGUAUUAGUAAGCUCCAUCAUAGGGUUUUACAUCUGCGAUGCUUGCACUAACAAUAAUCUAUCCGAAGAUGGUGGACGAAGCCUGAUUUCCGACUUUAACGCACCCGGUUACCUGACUUCCUACCCCCAUGUAGCGGGACGUGGGAUGAUUUUGAGCUCGAUUUACACGAUUGCGUGUAUGCAGCUUUUCUCGAGGCUGUGGCGGGUGCCGGUCAGCAAAAACUCAAAGUCGUCGGAGUGGCGAGUACGUAGGAAAUUGAUCACAGCUAUCUUUUGGAUAUCUUGUACGCUUGUAGUCAUUGUUUUGUUUGCUGUGAUUAGCUAUCAAUUUCAGGAAAAUGUUGCUUUUUGGCUCUAUGUGUACAUUGUAUCAAGCCCAUUUCGUUUCUUUACGCUUUUGGCAUGGUUUAUGUGUAUCCCUUUGGCUUUGAUAUUCGUGCAACUUUUCACGUAUGGCCUUCGUAAGGCAGCCCGACGGAAAAUGUUUCAUUUUAUUGCCGUGAUCGCCUUCACACCAGCGUCUCUGAUAGAUCCCCCUUUCAUGGCGUUUGCCAUCUCAACCGCCAUAAGUUUAUUCGUGAUCAUUGAGGUCGCGCGAUGUCAUGGGGUGUACGGCACGGAGGUGAUCACGCGUUUUAUUUCAGAAUAUAUUGACGAACGCGAUGACAUCAAGGGUAUUGUGCGCACACAUAUUUAUCUGUUGUUUGGCUUUUGUGUUUCUCAAGUUAUUCACUAUCGUCAUCACCAUCAAGCGGUGACGAGACCGAUUCCAGCCAUCAUGGAGCUGUCUAUUAACGUCAUUCCAGGUAUUGUCUCCUUAGGGGUUGUGGAUGCGAGCGCCGCGAUUAUUGGUAGCAGCGUGAUGCUAGGCUCCCGUCGUGUUCUGGGGCGCUACUUAAAAAACAAAUUUUUCACCGAACGGGCGAAUGUUUCCAUAGCUCACAAAACAACAACCGGCACUAUUGGUGGACUACUAUGCGGUAUCGUGUUUUGGUGUGUGAUUCUGGCGGUUGAGGAGGUGCCGCUUUCGGGACCCGUGUGGUAUACCUUCACGAUGAUUGCAGUUUGCUCGUUAACAGAGUGUUUUAUUAACACCAUCGAUAACUUGCAGAUGCCUUUGGUCGUGCUAGGUGCCGUCUAUAACUUGUUUGCUAUUCUCUUACCUAUUCCGGAGCUAUGGAAGAAUCCGUCCAUCAAUCAUUCAAACCCCACUACGGCAACCUCAUUUGCGAGCGCUUUAUCAUUUCCGUGGAAAAAAUAA